GUGAACCUCAUUUCAAUCCUAGAUUUUGGACUGAAUACAUCUCAACGUAGCGAGAGAUAAAGAGCAUAUCUUCAUCGACACUUUCACCUACUACAACUUCAUUUGAAGGAUAGAGGUGUAAAAAGGCAAGAAGAAUCAGGAAGGACAUCAUUAGAGAAUCUCAUCCCAAAGAGAAUACAAACAUUCAACUAGGCUCUCGGGAUCCAGAAAAAAUGGAAGGAGCAGGAGGACAUUCCACAGACAGGACAGCAGGGCUAGGAUCAACCUCCAGAGCCUCCAGCAGCAUCAGUGAGAGUACUCUCUCUGGUUCAUCGACUACCUCAGAUGUUGCCAGCAAGCUUGUCUCAGCGACACUGGGUAGAGCUGCUGACAAUCUCGAUGAGCUGAGGCAGUGUAUCUCCAGGUGGGAGGCUGAGGGACACUCUGACACUGAGGAUCACUGGGCAUCUCACACCCAACAAAAGGUGGAGCAGCACUUGCAUACGUUUUUUAACCUGAGGCGAGUGUUUGCAGAGCACCAAGGGAAUGCAACAGAAGACAUACUUGAAGACCUUCAGCAUUUGAAAAAAUCAAUGAAGGCAAAUGACAAAUCACCACGUAGGAUGCACAAAAAGAUUUGUAAGGGGUUUAAGUCAGUAUGUCAGUGUUUUUCCAUUAGUCAUCCAAAAACAAAGGUGACUGAUGAACAAGGCUUGGGUAUGGCUGCAGGAUCACAAAGCAGCAGCUCCACACUUGACUCUACAUUGCAUGGACCGUCUCCUAGUGGCUCACUCCACUCAUUUCAAGCAGUGGAGUCUUGCGUUGUGAUGUCUCCUAUCAUGGAGGAAGACCUUGUCACAGACAUGGAUUCGACACCGGCACCCUCUGGACAGGACGGACAUGUUGAACCUUCAGAGGUUCAUGUGGAUGAAGUCGUUGGAUCAGCCAGCAGCGGUUCUUACUUGAAAAGAUCGGUGAAGGCAGACAAGAAGUCAUCACGAAGGAUGGACAAAAAGAUCUGUAAGGGGUUUAAGUCGGUAUGUCAGUGUUUUUCCAUUAGUCAUCCAAAAACAAAGGUGACUGAUGAACAAGGCUUGGAUGUGGCUGAAGGAUCACAAAGCAGCAGCUCCACACUUGACUCUACAUUGCAUGGACCGUCUCCUAGUGGCUCACUCCGCUCAUUCCAAGCAGUGGAGUCUUGCGUUGUGAUGUCUCCUAUCAUGGAGGAAGACCUUGUCACAGACAUGGAUUCGACACCGGCACCCUCUGGACAGGACGGACAUGUUGAACCUUCAGAGGUUCAUGUGGAUGAAGUCGUUGGAUCAGCCAGCAGCGGUUCUUAUUUGAAACAAUCAGUGAAGGCAGAUAAGAAAUCGUUGCGAGGGAUGGACAAAAAGAUCUGUAAGGGGUUCAAGUCAGUAUGUCAGUGUUUUUCCAUUAGUCAUCCAAAAACAAAGGUGACUGAUGAACAAGGCUUGGGUAUGGCUGCAGGAUCACAAAGCAGCAGCUCCACACUUGACUCUACAUUGCAUGGACCGUCUCCUAGUGGCUCACUCCGCUCAUUUCAAGCAGUGGAGUCUUGCGUUGCAAUGUCUCCUAUCAUGGAGGAAGACCUUGUCACAGACAUGGAUUCGACACCGGCACCCUUAGAACAGGACGGACAUGUUGAACCUUCAGAGGUUCAUGUGGAUGAAGUCGUUGGAUCAGCCAGCAGCGGUUCUUACUUGAAAAGAUCGGUGAAGGCAGACAAGAAGUCAUCACGAAGGAUGGACAAAAAGAUCUGUAAGGGGUUUAAGUCGGUAUGUCAGUGUUUUUCCAUUAGUCAUCCAAAAACAAAGGUGACUGAUGAACAAGGCUUGGAUGUGGCUGAAGGAUCACAAAGCAGCAGCUCCACACUUGACUCUACAUUGCAUGGAUCGUCUCCUAGUGGCUCACUCCGCUCAUUCCAAGCAGUGGAGUCUUGCGUUGUGAUGUCUCCUAUCAUGGAGGAAGACCUUGUCACAGACAUGGAUUCGACACCGGCACCCUCUGGACAGGACGGACAUGUUGAACCUUCAGAGGUUCAUGUGGAUGAAGUCGUUGGAUCAGCCAGCAGCGGUUCUUAUUUGAAACAAUCAGUGAAGGCAGAUAAGAAAUCGUUGCGAGGGAUGGACAAAAAGAUCUGUAAGGGGUUCAAGUCAGUAUGUCAGUGUUUUUCCAUUAGUCAUCCAAAAACAAAGGUGACUGAUGAACAAGGCUUGGGUAUGGCUGCAGGAUCACAAAGCAGCAGCUCCACACUUGACUCUACAUUGCAUGGACCGUCUCCUAGUGGCUCACUCCACUCAUUCCAAGCAGUGGAAUCUUGCGUUGCAAUGUCUCCUAUCAUGGAGGAAGACCUUGUCACAGACAUGGAUUCGACACCGGCACCCUUAGAACAGGACGGACAUGUUGAACCUUCAGAGGUUCAUGUGGAUGAAGUCGUUGGAUCAGCCAGCAGUGGUUCUUACUUGAAAAGAUCGGUGAAGGCAGACAAGAAGUCAUCACGAAGGAUGGACAAAAAGAUCUGUAAGGGGUUUAAGUCGGUAUGUCAGUGUUUUUCCAUUAGUCAUCCAAAAACAAAGGUGACUGAUGAACAAGGCUUGGAUGUGGCUGAAGGAUCACAAAGCAGCAGCUCCACACUUGACUCUACAUUGCAUGGAUCGUCUCCUAGUGGCUCACUCUGCUCAUUCCAAGCAGUGGAGUCUUGCGUUGUGAUGUCUCCUAUCAUGGAGGAAGACCUUGUCACAGACAUGGAUUCGACACCGGCACCCUCUGGACAGGACGGACAUGUUGAACCUUCAGAGGUUCAUGUGGAUGAAGUCGUUGGAUCAGCCAGCAGCGGUUCUUAUUUGAAACAAUCAGUGAAGGCAGAUAAGAAAUCGUUGCGAGGGACGGACAAAAAGAUCUGUAAGGGGUUUAAGUCGGUAUGUCAGUGUUUUUCCAUUAGUCAUCCAAAAACAAAGGUGACUGAUGAACAAGGCUUGGGUAUGGCUGCAGGAUCACAAAGCAGCAGCUCCACACUUGACUCUACAUUGCAUGGACCGUCUCCUAGUGGCUCACUCCACUCAUUUCAAGCAGUGGAGCCUUGCGUUGCAAUGUCUCCUAUCAUGGAGGAAGACCUUGUCACAGACAUGGAUUCGACACCGGCACCCUUAGAACAGGACGGACAUGUUGAACCGUCAGAGGUUCAUGUGGAUGAAGUCAUUGGAUCAGCCAGCAGCGGUUCUUACUUGAAAAGAUCGGUGAAGGCAGACAAGAAAUCAUCCCGAAGGAUGGACAUAAAGAUCUGUAAGGGGUUUAAGUCGGCAUGUCAGUGUUUUUCCAUUAGUCAUCCAAAAACAAAGGUGACUGAUGAACAAGGCUUGGAUGUGGUUGAGGGAUCGCAAAGCAGCAGCUUGACAUGUGACUCUACAUUGCAUGGAUCGUCUCCUAGUGGCUCACUCUGCUCAUUCCAAGCAGCGGAGUCUUGCGUUGUGAUGUCUCCUAUCAUGGAGGAAGACCUUGUCACAGACAUGGAUUCGACACCGGCACCCUCUGGACAGGACGGACAUGUUGAACUUUCAGAGGUUCAUGUGGAUGAAGUCGUUGGAUCAGCCAGCAGCGGUUCUUAUUUGAAACAAUCAGUGAAGGCAGAUAAGAAAUCGUUGCGAGGGACGGACAAAAAGAUCUGUAAGGGGUUUAAGUCGGUAUGUCAGUGUUUUUCCAUUAGUCAUCCAAAAACAAAGGUGACUGAUGAACAAGGCUUGGGUAUGGCUGCAGGAUCACAAAGCAGCAGCUCCACACUUGACUCUACAUUGCAUGGACCGUCUCCUAGUGGCUCACUCCACUCAUUUCAAGCAGUGGAGCCUUGCGUUGCAAUGUCUCCUAUCAUGGAGGAAGACCUUGUCACAGACAUGGAUUCGACACCGGCACCCUUAGAACAGGACGGACAUGUUGAACCUUCAGAGGUUCAUGUGGAUGAAGUCGUUGGAUCAGCCAGCAGCGGUUCUUAUUUGAAACAAUCAGUGAAGGCAGAUAAGAAAUCGUUGCGAGGGACGGACAAAAAGAUCUGUAAGGGGUUUAAGUCAGUAUGUCAGUGUUUUUCCAUUAGUCAUCCAAAAACAAAGGUGACUGAUGAACAAGGCUUGGGUAUGGCUGCAGGAUCACAAAGCAGCAGCUCCACACUUGACUCUACAUUGCAUGGACCGUCUCCUAGUGGCUCACUCCACUCAUUUCAAGCAGUGGAGCCUUGCGUUGCAAUGUCUCCUAUCAUGGAGGAAGACCUUGUCACAGACAUGGAUUCGACACCGGCACCCUUAGAACAGGACGGACAUGUUGAACCGUCAGAGGUUCAUGUGGAUGAAGUCAUUGGAUCAGCCAGCAGCGGCUCUUACUUGAAAAGAUCGGUGAAGGCAGACAAGAAAUCAUCACGAAGGAUGGACAUAAAGAUCUGUAAGGGGUUUAAGUCGGCAUGUCAGUGUUUUUCCAUUAGUCAUCCAAAAACAAAGGUGACCGAUGAACAAGGCUUGGACGUGGCUGAAGGAUCACAAAGCAGCAGCUCCAAACUUGACUCUACAUUGCAUGGAUCGUCUCCUAGUGGCUCACUCCGCUCAUUCCAAGCAGCGGAGUCUUGCGUUGUGAUGUCUCCUAUCAUGGAGGAAGACCUUGUCACAGACAUGGAUUCAACACCGGCACCCUUAGAACAGGACGGACAUGUUGAACCUUCAGAGGUUCAUGUGGAUGAAGUCGUUGGAUCAGCCAGCAGCGGUUCUUAUUUGAAAAAAUCAUUGAAUGCAAAUGAGAAAUCGCCGCGAAGGAUGGACAAGAUCUGUAAGGGGUUUAAGUCGGCAUGUCAGUGUUUUUCCAUGAGACAUCUUGAACCUUCAGAGGUUCAUGUGGGAGCUGAGCAAAAUGUGGAGGAAAAUGUCGAGACUGCCAGCAAUAACCUGACAUCCGGCCUUGCAUCUCCUAGAGAGCUGUGCAACACUUUCUCAAACAGGUCCAGUGAGGAUACCUGGACUGCUGAGAAGGCAGAACAAGUCACAGUCAUGACUAAAGGCACUACAGCUAUCAUUGGGUCGCCAGCACCAGGACAUGUAUACAAGGUCUUUGGGUCAUCCAGCACUGAUGCUAAUUUGCCAAAACCAGGAUCUCCAUCCCUUCCAGUUAAAGACAGAAACCAGAUCAUGAACGUGGACUCCACCUCAAGACAAUCAGGACCGGACAGACAUCUUGAAGAUUCCCAAGAUGACAAGAGCGCUGUCUACGUCAUUGUCACAGGAUUCAUUGACAGCCUUACUAAAGAGCAGCGGAAGGAAUUGAGCAGAGGUGUUUAUAGCGUGGACGUGCAGAAGAAGAUGUCUGACAGCUUUUCAAAGGGGACGAAAGUUCUUAUAAAAGAGCUCGAAGCUGAGCUUUCUGCACCCCUCCAAAGAUCUGCUUCCCAAAACAGUAGUGGGCACACAAGGAGUUCGACCUCUUCCCAAUUAUGUGGGAAUGAGGCAGUUGCCUGGGAGUUACUUUCAAAAUUUACCAAGGAGUUGGACGUUACUGACGAACGUAUGAGGCAGAUUUUGAACUGCUCCGGUGGGAAGGCUCCGUGUGAUGUAGCUGCUGCAAAAACACCUAUAAGCAUGUCAUCCAGAAUCAUCAAGGACACUCAGAGCACUGAGGCGGUCAAGUUAAUUCUGUCAGAGCCCAGUGAUCAGAAACAAAGAACACCAGAGACAGAGACCACCAGAGUCCCGAAGAAAAAGUCAUCGUGGUGGUGUAUGAAGAAAAAAGUUGACCCCCUACCCUCCUCUGGAAGACAGGGCAAUGGUUCAGGUUGCGUAGAACUCCCGCCCGUGAGGGAAGCCUGGACCGAGGUCAAGAAGAAUGAUGAGGCUCAGGAUAAGCCUGCACAGACCAAACAGGCUUCGCUGCUAAAGAAAUUCCAGUGCUGUUUUUCCACCAGCAGAUUUCCACCAGUUUCUCUGGAGGACCAGGGCAGUGGUUCCGAUUGUGUAGAACUCCCGCCCGUGAGGGAAGCUUGGUCCGAGGUCAAGAAGAAUGACGAUAAGCCUGCAGGGACCAAACAAGCUUCGCUGCUGAGUAGAAUCUGGUGCUGCCUUUCCAGCGAGUGCUGAUGUGGCUGCUGUUAGCACCGUUACCACGCAGCAAACAAGAGAGCCCUUUACUGAUGGAGGGACAGACAUCAAGACAGCUGCCUGCUGAGAAAUCAUGGAUAAUUUAAGAAUGGGGCACUUGAGAUAUUUAAAAACCAUCGUGCUUGAUUCCCAUGGCACAUGUCCAGUUUGGAGCUGUGGAGCUGAUGGGAGAAUUCCCAGUAAGGUCAUCUGAAUACAUCAGGAAUGUUUGGGAACUGAAGGGUUUACUAUCUUCUUUCCCAUCAUGUGGCAGCAGCGUUUACAUCACAGUCUUGCUGUAUGUGAGGGGAUACUAUAGCUUUUCAAUUCAGAAUACACUAAAAUAAUCUAACAGAAAUCACCUGCUAGAGUCAAUUACAAUUGGGGUCAAUGGUGAAAAUCAGCAACAUAUGUAGGGAAUCAUUUCAAUGACAAUAAUUGUAUUGAUAAGUAAAAAGACAAGAGAAGAGGUAGAAAAAGUAAUCAUUUGGCUCUACUUUUAGGUUACUCAUUCUAUGUUCAAGCGAUUAAAAGAAAAAAGAAACUAGUCACCAAAUUGAAAUUGUGAUAUGACAAUUUAGCACGACAGGUCAAAAUGAAUAUGGCAAAAAGCUUACAUUUAUAAUGGCAAUAGAGAGUGUAGAAGGAAAUGACAGUAUAUGAAUCAUAUAAAGGUGAAAAUAUAUAAUUAAUGUUGUGGAGGAGUCGACAUGGAGAAGCUUAAAUGGAUGUGUUAUAACUGAAACAGGAAACAAAGAUGAACAAGACUAUUGGAAAGGAAAAAUGUGAUGGCAAACAUCGCUCAUGAUUAAAAAAUAUGUGUGGACGAGGGUGCCCUCAUGUGGUCGAAUAUAUUACAGCAGUGUGGCAAAAACAACAUAUGACAAAAACACUGUAGUACUCUAUUUUUUAAAAUUAGUAUGAAGGUUGUAGUUGUCCACCAGUACCCUCACUACCAACUCACAAACUAUCUAUGAUGAUAAACCACGACUGAAACCUGAACACCAGGCUGACAGAAAUACAGCCAUGAACAAAGAAACCAUUAUUUAUGGUCUGAAGUGCAACAGGCUGUACAAAUGUCAAUGUGGGCAUCUUAACCCUGUGAUGUCAUGUAAAUACCUCAAAAUCAGCAGAGAGAAUAAGCCUAAAAGGUAAAGUUGUUGGCAAGACACCAAAGCUACGAGCUGAAACUCCCUAGAAGGAUCUGUGAAACUGAGUGGAGCUGGAGACACAGGUGAAAAUUCCCUGUACAUUCAUCAAUACAUGUGACACCUUUCAUUCUCACACUGUGAUUUAAUCUAUUGUUUGUUAUCAAAACAUAGAUUACAGAGAUUUUAUGGUUAGGAUUAGCAGCGAGAGCAUACAUUAUAUCAGUGCGGGUGCUCAGAAGUACAAAUAAUAAAACGUGUGUGUUUGCAGUCAAAGCAGUUAGAAAAACAAUGUUGUGACCUCAUGAGGCCUCACGUGACUUCAGGCUUCUGAGGCUCUGUCAAAUCCACACACCUGUUUGUCAUCCAUAACUCUAUAUUUGGGUCAGCUGUAUUUAUAUCUCAUAAGGGAGACCCUCAUUUACAGCUGGCAAGGUGUGUGUGCAUGUGUGUGUGUGUGGUUAUGGCUUAGGUUACCUUCAGGACGCAUUUCAGCCGCAUGACCAUUUCAUUUGGGGCAGAGGGGGCAAAAGCAAUCAGAAAACAGUUGAUUUUUGGCUCAGUGGGAAAGGUUAGGGUUCGGUUCAGGUAGGAAAAAGGUUAUUUUAGUUCUCUUAAAAUUAUUAAAUCCAAAUCUUGGUGAUAAAAUUCCCUGUUUUCCAAAUGUACCGCUCAGGGGAGGGUUGGUUGUGUCCCAGUCUGGCGACAUUGUAAGUGUGCAAGUGCAGAGCGAACAGCUGAUGAAGGAAUCAUUUCCCUGAUCAGAAGGUCAAAUCCAAAUUUGAUUGGUCCUCAUCUUAAAGGUCCCAAUCCUUUAAAAACACUUGAAAUGAUACAACAACUAUUUAAUGACUACAUCAGAGUACUAAUGAUUAUAAUAAAAAGUCUGUGUGUGUGUGUGUGUGCCUUAUGUUGCUCUGUAUAAAUGUCACCAUAAAUUACAAACAGCAAUUAAGAGCUAAUUUAAAACAGCAGUGACAUUGUCAUUUAUGACAUAAUUUAUCAAAUCUGGGCCCCACAAUCUUAACAUGCUCUCGUCUGUGAUUAAUGGAUUUAUUGAUUGAUUUUACAGUUAAUAUGUAAACAUGUACACAAUUUCCUAUUUUCUCUCUUACUUAUCAGACUUAUAUAGCUGCCCCUCUUAUCUGCAACUAUCAAUUAUCUUGCUUCUCUGAGGUUGUAAUUGUUAAAGGACUCAUAUUAUGCUCAUUCUUAGGUUCAUAGAAUAGUUUACAUGAUUUAAUGCUAAAAAGUAUACAUCAGUUCUUUCUCAUUCUGUCCAUCGCAGCAGCACUUUUUCUCCUACUCUGUCUGAAAUGCUCUAUUUUAGCUCCUGUCUCUUUAAGGCCACCAAGUCUCCUCUGAUUGGUCAGCUCACACACGCCUGACCCAGCGCUGCUUAAAAACCACAGAGCAAAAUUAAUCGUUACUCACCAAGACAGCUGCUAGGCUUAAAUUGUGCAAAUGUGUGACUUGGUGACAUAGUGUGACAUCACAAAGUCACAGGAUUAAAAGCAGGACUGCCAACGAGGCGUUUCAGGACAAGUGUUUUCUGUGGGAGAGAGGAGCAUCAGUUUGUGCUGACUUUGACACAGUAGGUCUCCUUUAAGACCCCUUUGUUGUUGACUUGUCUUUUUUUUCCAGUUGUUGUUGCAAGUGUAUAGUUUAUCAGCUGCUCACCUGAUCUCUCCAUCUCUCUGUCCACCUGUUCCUGUUGGCUCACCUUUGUUUCCUGGUUAUCUCGUUACCUUGCUGUUACUACCGCCUCUUUUUAGCUGCUGUCUGUUGACCCUUGCUUUGCUUGUGCCUCUGGGUCAUAUUUCCUGGACCAGUUGCGAGAGCCAUGUUCUUUAGUCUUUCAUUACAAGAGUGUCAGUGUGAUGAAAUGUUCUUUCUAAUAAUAAUAACACCCGCUUUGACCACCAGGUGUUACUGGUCUGUCCUUGAGGCUGCUGUGUCUCUUCAUAUUUAUUUAACUACACAAAGAUACAGGAGACUGUUUGAACCAUUGUGAUCACCAGAGCUACUUCACAGACACAAUCAACUGUACUUACACCUUUUUUUCCAUAUGAAAGUAUGUAAUUAGGUGGAACAUAAUACUCCAUAACAGAUGUUUAUCUUAAUUAUGGUUUCCUACAAACUUGUCUCUCAUAAGAUUUAACGAGUUUACAGCCUAGCAGCACAAAUAGCCUUAAUGUCCGCAGCCUGGUGUAGUCAGGCAGUUUGUUUGAAGACAGAUCCAGACUGAUCCAGUCACGUCCCUGCUGCACGCUGAGCUUUGAUCGGAUGGGGGAAACGUGACAGGGGACACGACCUGAGCCGUCCUCUGCUGGCACUGUUCCUAGAAAGAUCUCAUGAGCAGUGUGGGAUUAUAUAACAUUAUGGUGUACAUGAGCAGAUGUGGCUGUCAUAGAAGGAGUUAAGUCCAACUCAGCCAGAAGUCAUGAUGUGCACUAACAGAGGACAAAAGGACAGAAGAUGAUAUUUUUAUGAGCGGCUGUAAAAUCUAAUCUGAUCCACGCCCUCUAAACAGGAAACAACUAUGUCAUUAAGUUGCUUCUUCUAUUGAAACAGUCUUAAUGACAGUUAACAAGCAGACUAACAAGCAGUGUUAGUUGGAGACAAAAAAUUAGGAGCUUGAAAUGAAGAGACCACCAGUUGGGUUUAUAUUUCUGGACGUUUUCUUUUAAUCAAUCCAUCAUCCUUCCUGCUCACAACUACACGACAUAGCUACCACAUUAUAAUAUUAUUCAUGUGCACCAAGAGCAAGCAGCCCCAUCAAACAAUUGUAUAGUUACAGUCUCAGAUUGUGGUAAAAUAAGUUAAAACGACACUCUUUCAGGCCUGUGAAACCAGGUAAAUAACAAAGUCUUUCCUCCCUCCAGAUGGUGCAUUCGAUGGGUUUUUAUAUAAUACAGUAGCUCCACAACAUUGUUAGGCAUGGUGAUUGAAUUAUAGCUGAUUUCACACUGUAGGGAUCUCAGCACAGUGAUGGUUUAAGGCAUUAACAUGCACUCAAACCCCACAAUUCUUAGCUGUAAAGAGGCAGAUAAGAGUGAGUCACGCUUUGACAAUGUUUAAAAAACUCGUAGAGUCUUAAUGACAGCAGGGUUAAAAACAGGAGCUCAGAGGGGCUGCUUCAGUAACCGUAGAGAUCAGGCUGUGUUCGGCAUUGUACCGUGAAACUACAGGGAGUUUUAGGACAACAUAUUUAGUGUGUUAAAUCUGAGGGGCAUUCACGCAAAGUGGGAGUUUCUAAUAACUGGGAUAUAUAAUAGGGCGUGCAGGUUAACAACGCUGUCACUUUUUGUAGGGUCAGAAACUCCAGCUGUCAUGAAAGCUGGCAGUGUAUUGGUAAUCAGCACCAGUUAACCACCAAAAGUCCCAAGAUCUCCAACCGUUGUCGCUUUGAUGUAACUGAUAUUAGAUGUUUUUUCAGACAUAGUUUCACAAAUGAGGUUGAUGUCGGGCGGCUCUCCAAGCAGAAAGUACAGGACAAGUGUUGUCAUGGAAAACAGAAUGAGUGACAGGUCAGGUAACCUAUCAUUUUAUACAUUUCAAAUGAUGUUAUUUGUUUAUUGUUCUUCUCAGUCAGAUUGACAAAAACUAAAAAAAAAA